UCAAGUCAACACGACUGAAACUACUUGAUCACAAUUCACGGGCCAAUCACCAGCUCGAUGGCAAAGCUUCACAUCCAUGGAGUCCACGCCCCUACCUUCAUUCUCUUCUUCGUCUCUAUUCAGUACCCACUUCUUCUUCUCACUCUUUCCUCAGCCUACACAACUCAGACCAGUUACUUCAUCAAUUGUGGAUCAAGCAACAGCCAGAACUAUUCCAACAGGGUCUUUGUCCGUGACACGGGUUCUGACUCCAUCUCCUUCACAAAACAGAGUACCUCCGCCCAAUCCAGCAGCCAAUUCUCGAGCGUCUUACCUAUUUACAACACGGCAAGAAUCUUCAGAAACCCUUCGUCGCAAUACGCUCUUGAGGGAAUGGAUAGAGGUACUCACAUCGUGCGACUCCACUUUUUCCCUUUCGCUUCCACAAGCAAUCUCUCCGAGGCCGUGUUCGAUGUCUCUGUAGAUGGGCUCACGCUUCUCAGCAAUUUCCAAGUGCCCAGUAGUAACGGCUCUCUUGUGGUGGAGGAGUUCUUGCUUACCAUAAAUACUACUAAGUUCGUACUCUAUUUUCGUCCUCGAGGGUCAUCUUUUGCAUUUAUCAAUGCCCUUGAAGUGUUCCUUGUGCCUGAUAGAUUCAUUCCUGGUUCUGCUCCGAGUGUGGGCACUUUGGCGAUUAAUAGCAGCAACUAUAGCAGAAUUUCCUCCCAGGUUUUGCGCACGGUUUACCUUAUUAAUGUCGGAGGCGAUGAAGUAGCUCUGGGCGAUGAUCCUUUGUGGAGAAGUUGGGUUCCUGAUAGUAAUUACAUUCAUGUCCCAAACGCUGCACAAAAUAGCCCUAGCUAUGGGAGUGUUCUUAAUUACCAGGAUGAUCUAGACAAAUACUUAGCAUCGGAACGCGUUUACCGGACUGCUAAGGUGAUGAACGAAUCUGCUUGGGGAUUAUACCCCAACACCACCUGGAAUUUCAAGGUGAGCGCAAACGCCUCGCACUUGGUCCGGCUCAUUUCUGUGACAUCAUUAGCCUGUCUCUCAACAUGGUGCACUUCAAUCUUUAUAUUAAUGGGAAUUUCACUGAGUACAUCGACCCAUACAGUGUAAAUGGGUUUCGUCAGUCCUAUGUUCCUUUUCAUUAUGAUUUUGUGGUUCAGCCGG